AAUAUCACUGCACUUUCCCAUCCAUCAGUAAUCUCUGAAGCUUCGAAUUUUCGCUCUCAUUAAUCGCAUCGUUUCUGCGAUUUCCGGGAUCGAUUAUGGGCACAUCUCAGAGCCGCGAAGAUCGAAUCACCGACUCAGAAUCUGAAGAAGAUUAUGAAGAAGAGGAGGAAGAGGAGCAGUACGACGAUGCAUCCGGAGAUCGUCAGAAGCCUCAAUCGUCUUCUUCUUCUUCAGGUACCCACAAAAGCCUUGAUGAGAUCGAUGCCAAACUCAAAUCCCUGAAACUCAAAUACCCAUCUCAACAACCUAAUCUCAAGAACCCUGUCAAGCUCUAUCUUUAUAUAGGAGGCAACACCCCAAAAGCCAAAUGGGUUAUUUCGGAUAAACUCACUUCGUAUACGUUUGUUAAGACGUCUAAAAUCAGCGGUGAUGAGGAUGAGGACGACGAUGACGAUGAGGAAUUGCGAUCGGGUGGGGGAGGUUCCUGGUGGGUCUUGAAAGUUGGAUCGAAAGUUAGGGCUAGGGUUUCGAUGGAUAUGCAAUUGAAGAUGUUUGGAGAGCAGAGGAGAGUCGAUUUCGUGGAUAGAGGUGUUUGGGCAUUGAAGUUUUUCACUGGUGAGGAGUAUAGAAGCUUUGUGACGCAAUUUCAGGAUUGCCUGUUUGAGAAUGUGUACUUGGUUGAAGCUACAGAGGAGAACAAAGUCAAGGUUUAUGGGAAGGAUUUUAUUGGGUGGAUUAAGCCAGAAGCGGCGGAUGAUUCGAUGUGGGAAGAUGCUGAGGAUAAGAGCCCCGUGGAGACUCCAGUUAAAGGGAGUCAGGAGUUGUUGGAGGAGUUUGAGGAAGCUGCCAAUGGUGGUGUUCAGAGUUUGGCUUUGGGUGCGUUGGAUAAUAGUUUCUUGGUGAAUGAUUUGGGUGUUCAUGUCUAUAGAAAUUUUAACCGUGGAAUUCAUGCGAAAGGUAUUUGUGUCAAAUUCGAAGAGGGGUUGAGGAGUGGGGGGGAUUUGGAGCAUUCAACCCCAAAAAAGGCUCUGUUAAUGAGAGCAGAGACGAAUAUGAUGCUUAUGAGUCCUGCAAAGGAAGGGAAGCCUCAUGCCACAGGGCUCAAGCAGUUAGAUAUUGAGACAGGGAAGAUUGUUACUGAAUGGAAAUUUGAGAAGGAUGGAACUGAUAUUACAAUGAGGGACAUCACGAAUGAUACCAAGGGCUCGCAAUUGGAUCCCUCUGAAUCUACUUUUCUGGGAUUGGAUGAUAAUAGAUUGUGUCAGUGGGAUAUGAGGGAUAGAAGUGGGAUGGUGCAGAAGAUUGCCACUAGCAGUUCUCCAGUACUGCAUUGGACACAAGGGCAUCAGUUCUCUAGAGGGACGAAUUUCCAGUGCUUUGCAAGUACUGGGGAUGGAUCGAUUGUGGUUGGAUCCAUUGAUGGGAAGAUAAGGUUGUACUCAAAGACGUCAAUGAGGCAGGCCAAGACUGCAUUUCCUGGGCUUGGUUCACCCAUUACACAUGUUGAUGUUACUUAUGAUGGGAAAUGGGUGCUGGCCACAACUGAUACUUAUCUGGUCCUUAUUUGCACUCUCUUUACGGAUAAAGAUGGAAAGACGAAGACUGGAUUUAGCAGUCGAAUGGGGAAUAAGAUUCCAGCACCAAGAUUGUUGAAGUUGACUCCUCUAGAUUCACAUCUAGCUGGGGCCAACAAUAAAUUCCAGGGUGGCCAUUUCUCCUGGGUCACUGAGAAUGGUAAACAAGAGCGCCACCUAGUUGCAACAGUGGGUAAAUUCAGCGUGAUAUGGGAUUUCCAGCAAGUGAAGAACAGUGCCCAUGAAUGCUACCAUAAUCAGCAAGGCCUCAAAAGUUGUUACUGUUACAAGAUUGUGCUGAAAGAUGAAUCUAUUGUGGAGAGUCGUUUCAUGCAUGACAAGUUUGCUGUCAGUGAUUCGCCAGAAGCUCCAUUAGUGGUGGCAACCCCAAUGAAAGUUAGCUCGAUUAGCCUCUCUGGGAAGAGAUGAUGUUCCUAGCCGUCUUUGUCAAUAUGUUUCAAUUUUCAUCUGGUUGAUGCCUGCUCUUAUCUGUCUCUGGCUCUCUUUUUUUCCCCUUUUCCCCCAUCUCGCAGCAAUGUUCUGGAUUCUUUCUGUAUUGACAACUGGUUCUUUUCUUUUCUUUUCUUUUCUUUUUAUUAUUUAUUAUUUAGUUUUUUUUUUUUUUUUUACUGAUAAGCAAAACCCCUACCUUUAGUUAUAGGCUGACGGCAUUUGAUCACUUCCAAGUUCCAAGUGCUUGUAAAUUACCUUGUUGCUGACAUAUUUGGCGUUUGAUUACUUCCAAGUUCCAAGUGCUUGUAAAUUACCUUGUUGCUGACAUAUUUGGCGUUUGAUUACUUCCAAGUUCCAAGUGCUUGUAAAUUACGUUGUUUGAAUUUAAUAUUGUGAAUGAAUGUUAUUUUGCUUG